UUAUCAGCCAAUCAAGGGCUGACCCGCCUCCUUCACUGCAUAAACUCAUGACGUGUGGAGCAGAGAUCAGGGUGGUUACAUUUGUCUGAAAGUGAAACUUAAACUGUCUCUGAGAGGAGAAAUGGCGCAGAAAGGAGUGGAGCUGGACCGAGAGAGUUUCUCCUGUUCGAUCUGUCUGGAUCUACUGAAGGAUCCGGUGACGAUUCCCUGCGGACACAGCUACUGCAUGAGGUGUAUUAAAAACUUCUGGGAUGAAGAGGAUCAGAAAGGAGUCCACAGCUGUCCUCAGUGCAGACAGACCUUCACACCGAGGCCUGUCUUAGUGAAGAGCACUGUGCUAGCAGCUCUAACCGAGCAGCUGAAGCUGACUGGACUUGGAGCUGCUCCUCCUGAUCAGAGCUAUGCUGGACCUGAAGAUGUGGCCUGUGAUUUCUGCUCUGGGAGGAAACUGAAAGCCACAAAGUCCUGCUUGGUGUGUUUGGUGUCUUACUGUGAGAAACACCUCCAGCCUCAUUACGACCUGGCUGGGUUAAAGAAGCAUCAGCUGGUGGAGCCCUCCAAGCAGCUCCAUGAGAACAUCUGCUCGCUGCACGAUGAGGUGAUGAAGAUGUUCUGUCGCUCCGAUCAGCAGAGCAUCUGCUACGUCUGCACGGUGGAUGAACAUAAAGGCCACGACAUCGUCUCAGCUGCAGCAGAGAGGAAGGAGAAGCAGAAGGAGCUGGAGGUGAGGAGGGAAGGAAUCCAGCAGAGGAUCCAAGAUGGAGGUAAAGACCUGGUGCUGCUUCAGCAGGAGGUGAAGACCAUCAAUGACUCUGCUGAUAAAGCCGUGGAGGACAACGAGAAGAUCUUCACUGAGGUGAUCCGUCUCAUUCAGCAAAGAAGCUCUGAGUUGAAGCAGCAGAUCAGAUCCCAGCAGGAAUCUGAGGUCAAGCGAGUCAAAGAUGUUCAGGAGAAGCUGCAGCAGCAGAUCUCUGAGCUGCAGAGGAAAGAUGCUGAGCUGGAGCAGCUCUCACACACAGAAGAUCACAACCAGUUUCUGCAGAGCUACCCCUCACUGUCAGCUCUCAGUGAGCCUAAAGACCCGUCCAGCAUCACCGUUCGUCCUCUCAGGUACUUUGAAGAUGUGACAGCAGCUGUGUCAGAGCUGGGAGAGAAACUUCAGGACGUCCUGAGGGACAAAUGGACAAACAUCUCACUGAGAGUCACUGAAGUGGAUGCUUUACUGUCACAACCAGAACCAGAACCCAGGACCAGAUUGUCAAUGUUUAGACAACAAAGAGAUCAAAGGCUUUAUGCUCCAGCAUCAAACCAAGGAGUUCCUCGGGUGCGGAUUCAGGCAGCGGCGUGCGGACCCCCCUUUUGGAUGAAGAACGCACAGUGAUGCCGAAUUCUUACUGCUCACAGCUCAGGUCUCGUGAUGAAGUGAUGGAGUUAUCCAUCACUCUCUGCCGCACCGAUCGUCGCCAUCUUGGAUUCUUCUUCUUCUU